AUGCUGAGAUUUCGUGUUAAAAGAGCACCAAAUAAAGGUAUUGUUUUGCUUUGUUUUAUUUUCAUUCUUUUACAUUUCAUUAAAAAUCUCAAAACUAAUCAAUAUUCUUUUCUUUUUUAUCCAGGUGAUCCGGACGUCAAUAAUAAUAAUAAUAAUAAUAACAAUAACAACAAUAAUAAUAAUGCAUUUGUAUUAAAUGGUACCAAUCGUUUUGAUAAACAUAAUCAGGAAAAUGAUCAAAUUGAUACUCGAUAUCCAUCAUCAAAACUAAAUGACAAACCUCGUAGUAAAACUCCAACACCAUUUGGUUCAGCACCAUUAGCUGAUACAUUACCAUUACGUUCUCGAACGCCACUACCAACAUCAACAACAAUAACAACAAAUAAUCAUCAACCAACACAUUCAACAACAACUGAUAAUAAUAAUCCAUACGAUAAUAAUUUAAGUUUUCUUCUACCAAAUAGUGUUGAUACAUCAACACCAAUUAUUGAAACAGAAUUAUCUCCAAAUUCAAUGAAUACAUUUAAUCGUCAAACAGCUUGGUCACGUAGUGCACGUGACAUACGAACAACAACAGCAACGUCAACAACAAAUGGACAUACUUCUAUAUUACGAAGUAAAACUCCUGGACCAGAAUUUGGUACAACAAUAUCAUCAUCAUAUCGUGCAAAUACAUUAAUGGGAAUGAAACAACGAAGUAAAACACCAACAGCUAAUGAUUUUUCAUCAAAUAAUUUACAUAAUAGUCGAUCAUUACAAUCUGUUCAUCCACAAUAUUUUGAAUUAGUUGUUAAUUUAACAAUUUCACGUCCAAAUGAUGGUUUUGGCUUAAGAAUUGUUGGUGGUGAAGAAGAAAAGUCUCAAGUAUCUGUUGGUCGUAUUGUUCCUAAUUCACCAGCAUAUAUUGAUGGUCGUCUUCGUAAAGGUGAUGAAAUUAUUAAAAUCGAUGGUCAUUCAACUAUACGUGCAUCACACGAAAGAGUUGUUCAAUUAAUGCAGCAAGCAAAAGAAAAUCAACGUGUCAGUUUAAUUGUUCGUCGUUAUUUAUAUCCAAAUAAUAAUCAGUUAUCAAAUCAAUAUAAUCAAACGGAUAUUGAUCCAUAUUUGCCGAAUGAUUUUCGUACGAACUCAUCAAUUGAUAAUGGAAUACGUUAUGUGACAUUACAAAAAAUGAAUGAUAAUCAAAGUUUUGGUUUUGUUAUUAUAUCAUCACAAAACAAGGCCGGUGCUACAGUUGGCAAAAUAAUUCCAAAUAGUCCGGCUGAUCAAUGUGGUCAACUUCAUAUUAAUGAUCGUAUCUUAGCUGUAAACGGGGUUGAUUUAACUCAUAUGUUACAUACAGAUGUUGUUAAUCUAAUAAAAGAUUCUGGUCGAACAAUCACACUCAAAAUUGGUCCACCUAUUCAUUAUGAUGAUCGAUCUCAGGAAAUUUCAAAUCCAUUUUCAACAAUGUCUAAUAAUAAUCUACCCAACGGUAUUCGACCAUCAUCUUCAUCACCAAUGGUUAUUGCUAAUGGUACUACUCAUCAUUCAUUAUCAAAUAAUGCAUAUCAUUCAACGAAUAAUGGAAAUCAUUCAAUAAGAAAUGCAUUUUCACAUAAUCCCUUGAAUAUUCUUGAAAGAAAUCAAAAUCGUCCACCGUCAAGAGGGAAUGGCGUUUUAAAAUCUUCAUCAUUAUCAGAUGAUUAUUUUACUGCUGAUCUUCAACGUCCAUAUCCGACUUCAAGUUUUGGAUUUAGUAUUCGUGGUGGACGAGAAUUUUCUAUUCCAUUAUUUAUAUUAAAAUUAGCUGAUAAUGGACCGGCUGCACGAGAUGGUCGAAUGAAAUCCGGCGAUCAAAUUAUUGAAAUUAAUGGUCGUUCAACAUAUGGUAUGACUCAUAAUGAAGCAAUAUCUUUAAUUCGUGAUGGUGGACUUUAUGUUAGAUUACUAUUAAGAAAAACCAAUGCACCCCCACCGAGUCUUGACGAAGUAAAAACAGCAAUGGCACCAAUGGGACAUGGUGUAGAUUAUUAUAAUCCAGGUUUAAGUAGCCAUUGGCAACCAAGUGGUUAUGCAUAA